AUAUCUUGCAUGCAGCAGCUGGAAACGCGCGGUAAUCGGUCAUCAUCGCCUGGUCCUUAUCUGUAACCUCGACAAGCCACCGGUCUCCUCACUCUUAACGUCUUCAGGUGAGGCGCCUUCAUCUCUUCCGGUGUCCAUUUAAACAUGUAAGUGCAAACAGAUGUGUUCCUUUGUGCGGUGUUGGAGGAGGCCAAAAGUGCCUCCGCGUUAUUCUUCACCUCCUUUUCCUCACCUCCUCCCCUCCUUCGCUGCGCACCUCUGCCACAUCCGUGGUUACUAUGGUAACCGACGAAGGCACGGGGCAAACGUCUAUGUAGAGACGGCGCGCGCGCCAGCGUUAACGCCCACUUCACAAACAGGAAGUUUGAAAUUUUUUUCUUCUCGCUUUCUUUUCUUUUUCUUUUCUUUUUUUACAUUUGCAUCAUCUAUCGUGAUUCAUCCACCACAUGUUGGUUCACUCUGCCGAACCAAAUACGCUCAAUUUGUUACAUCUGACCAGUAUCGCUGCGUAGCGGGGAUAAGGCUUUCCUGCUUCCCCGACACAGACUGAAUAUCAAACCGACUCGUUAAACGGGAUACUGCCCCUUUAAGGAAAAGGGGCGGGGCGUCCGGAAAGGCAACCUUUUACAGGCCGAGCCGUCCUUCACUCAACACCCAUUCAUAAAUAAGAACUUGUGAGCGAAGGAAGUACAGUUACAUCUGAUAACUCGGGCAGCGCACCGGAUGCGAGGGGUCAGUACGAGCCAGACGUGAUCGUCGCGGUCGGAAAAUGUAGAUCAUGGCGAUGGGCGAACGAUCGAAAGUGACUUCCGAUGGCUCUCCCCACUUUCAUGGCUCGGGCUUCACACGCGAGCCGUCAGGAAACGGUCUGUUUUCGGGGUGUUUGGCAAAAGAAGAAAAAAUGUCCAUUCCCUCAUAGGUCUUGGCGUUCUUCCGCUUAACGCGAGCGACCCCGCGUUGCAAACCGCUUUGUGUAUCUGCGUAUCUGUUGUUUCGCCGAAAGCACGACAGACCGGAGAGGGGCUGAAACACCAAUGGGAGAGUGAAGAAUGGCAGCUAAAGAGGAUCUCUACGCGAAAGUCACCCCGCGGAGACAGCGUCAGAACCGGGCGGGCACCCUCAAACAUGGAUCCGCUCUGGACGUUCUGCUGUCCAUGGGCUUUCCCAAGACCAGGGCGCUGAAGGCUCUUGUAUCCACAGGAAGCAGAAAUGUUCAGGCAGCUUGUGACUGGCUCUUCUCCCACGUGGAUGACCCCUUCUUGGAUGACCCCUUACCCAGGGAAUAUGUGUUGUACCUGCGCCCCAGUGGACCACUUCUCCACCAGCUCACACACUUCUGGCAGAGGUCCCGCCUCCACUGUGGCAAGAACAAGGCUCACAACAUCUUCCCCCACAUCACCCUCUGCCAGUUCUUCAUGUGUGCAGAUGGGAAGGUGGAGGCUCUGACUGAAGCUCUCCAGAACACUGUGGCUAAGUGGAGGGGCCGGUUCCCUACACCCCUCCCUCUGGAGCUCUACACCUCCUCAAAUUUUAUAGGCCUCUUUGUCGAGGAACAGGUGGCUGAAGUGCUGAAAAGCUUCGCUGCUGAUUUUGCCACCGAGGCGGCGGAUAAAGCAGAUGUCCAUGUGGAACCCCAUAAGAAACAGCUUCAUGUCACCUUAGCUUACCACUUCCAGGCCAAUCACCUGCCCAUGUUGGAGAAGUUGGCCAAGAGCGUGGAUGUCUCCCUGGGCUGUGACUGGCUGGCCGUAUUGUUCUCCAGGGACAUUCGAUUUGCUAAUCAUGAGACACUGCAGGUCAUGUACCCAUACGUGCCUCAGAACGAGGAUGAAUUGGAGCUGGUGCAAGGGGACUUCAUCUUCAUGUCGCCGGUGGAGCAGGGUGGUGCCAGUGAGGGCUGGGUGUAUGGCACCUCCAUGAGCACUGGACUGUCCGGCCUGCUGCCUGAGAACUACGUGAAUCGUGCUGAUGAGUGUGACACCUGGGUCAUUCACGGGUCUCACUCCCUCCUCAGCUGUGUCUCCCCGUCCAACUCCGGCAGCCUUGUGGAUGAGCUGCUGUUUGAUGGACAGGUGGACAGCGGCGUCCUUGACAGCCUCGGAGAUCCACCCAGCCUCGGUGUCCUCUGUCCACCAGUGCAGACGACGAGGCCCAGCAGCCAGUCCUGCCUGCCCAAGAGGAGCCUGUUUGUGUGCCGCCAUGGAGAGAGGAUGGAUGUGGUGUUUGGGAAACAGUGGGUCACUCAGUGCUUUGACUCCAAAGGAAGAUAUAUUCGCUCUAAUCUCAACAUGCCACCCAGCCUGCAAGCCCGGAGCGGAGGAUGCCGUGACUACGAUAAAGAUUGUCCGAUUACUGUGUUUGGUUCCACGCAGGCCCGACUCGUAGGCGAGGCCCUUUUGGAAAGCCACACAACAGUGGACUUUGUUUACUGCUCCCCCUCACUGCGCUGUGUCCAGACUGCUCAGAACAUGAUACAAGGUCUCCAGCAAGAGGGUAAGACUAAAAUCCGCGUGGAGCCUGGAUUAUUUGAGUGGACGAAAUGGGUUUCAGGCACCUCUUUACCUUCUUGGAUCCCUCCAGCUGAGCUGGCUGCUGCUAACCUGAGUGUGGACACAACAUAUAGACCUCAUAUUUCUAUCAAUAAGCUGAUGGUGUCAGAGUCCUAUGACACGUACAUCAGCAGGAGUUUCCAGGUGACCCGUGAGAUCCUAGCAGAGUGCAAAAACUUUGGAAACACGGUCCUGAUUGUGGCCCAUGCUUCCUCCCUGGAGGCCUGUACCCGCCAGAUGCAAGGUCUUAGUCCCCAGAACUCCAAGGACUUUGUCCAAGUGGUCCGAAAGAUUCCCUACCUUGGUUUCUGUGCUUGCGAGGAAAUGGGAGACACAGGGGUGUGGCAGCUGGUCGAUCCACCCAUUCUGCCUCUGACUCACGGACCUAAUCACAGCUUCAACUGGAGAGAAAUGCUGCUGCAGGACUGAGGAGUACGCAGCUCCACCUUCCUUCUCCGUUUGGCUCCGAACUGUUGAAUAAAUAUUUAUUCCCUGCUCUUAUUGCUACAAACCCACCCUAACUCCAAAUAAUGCCCAGCUUCUGUCACAGACUCCAUGGAAAAUACUCGCUCAUUGAGACGAAUGCAAUCAAACUGCUCAUGGAUAAGACGAUACUGUAUGUAUGGAUGUAGGUGAAAAUGUGAGCUACAGGUUGGACUGCAGGACGUGUCAUUAUCUGCCGAGUUUAAAGUCUCUACACCUUCUAGGGAUGCUUAAAGAAAUAUGGUUAUUUUUCGAUGUUGGAUGGUUUUUGAUAGUGUCACUCAGGUUUCGUGCCAUGAAAAGUCCUUGUUGAGGUGGCAUCUGUGGCUCCUCAGGCUUGGAUAUGCAGAAUUUGGGCUCUGGGCAACAAAAAACAAAAAAAAUAGUAUAUAUAUAUCUGCCACUUCAUACACUGUGAUGAGAGAGACGAAAACAAAAUCCGAAAAUAGCUUUCCAUUGCUCAUAAAUAUGAAAUAUUCACAAAAAGAUUUGUUUUAAUAUUUGGUCUGUAAAAGCCCCGUGGAAAAAGCACAACAGAAAAGUGACCCUUGACAAUCAGAUGUAGAAGUGACCUGCAGUAUUUAAGGGCUGACGUUGGUAGGUUAGAACUUGUUUUGUCCCUGUGAAUUUCAUAUCAUAAUGGAGGUUUUUCAAUUUGCAUCAAGUUGACUGUAGCCAAGUGCUUUCUGUAAACUUCUCACGAAGGUAUUUAUACACGGGCAGUAUUUUAAGGCAAUAUGGGUCAAUGGAUCCAUUGGCAAUGAAUGAAUAGACCAUCAAGGGUCCAUCCAUUCAUGGACCCCGAUAAACGGGGAAUAAGCCGCAAGAGGAGGACGAAGAUGGACAGUGGAUGUUAGGAUGCUGUUAGCAAUAAGGAAAAAUCAGUUUUGGGUGAUAUCUUGGCCUCUAACAAUGAACUGUGUACUCAAAACUUUGCUAGUUUUGUUGAUGAGAUCAUCUGUCUGCACUGACUUAAGAUAUUCCAUGUGCAUCAUGGCCUUUGGUCCUAUCAGUUCCUGAAAGCCUGACUUACAACUUCCCUUUCAAACGUUGGGUACAUAUUCUCAGUUAUGUCACAAAAUUUGAGUGCUUGAUGUAAUACAUGCUAUUUUUGUAUCAUUCUGGAAUAUCCUAUUGAUUAUUCCAUUUCAUUGCAGGUAUCUUCAGAGAAUGAAGAAAUACGCAAUUUC